AUGGUAAACGAUUCUGUUGAUACAGAUGAUGAGCUUUCCGUUGCAGAUGAGAGCAAGUGGGAAAAAGGAUUGCAACUUAAACGGCCGGGACAGCAGCUUGGUCUGUUCUGGGCGUUUCCUGAGGAUAAAAUGGACCCUCACAGCAAGAAGCUUAAGACCCUCUCCAAUGGAACCGCCGUUUCUGAUGCUAAUGAAAAGGAGUUAAUAUCGGUUGGUUUAGGAAGCAAAUCAAAGGCUUGCACCAAGUUUUUCAGUACAUCUGGAUGCCCAUAUGGUGAGGAUUGCCAUUACCUUCAUUAUGUUCCUGGUGGAGUAACUGCUGUAUCUCAGCUGUCAAAACUAUCAAACACUUUAGGACUUUCAAGAGAAGCAAUAGGGUUCACCUCCAGUUUUUCACUAUCAGAUAAGUCAGGUCCUGUGACAGGCUACAAGACAUGUCUUUGUAACCAUUAUGCUAGUGCUGAAGGAUGCCAGUUUGGAGAUAAGUGCCAUUAUGCUCAUGGAGAAAAGGAAUUGAGAAAAGAAAAUGUGCUUCCAAACGAGUUACUACCAUCUGGGGUGGGUACUGCCAUUACAAAUUUUGGUACUGCUACUACAAAUUUUGGUGCUGGCUCUAAAGCAAAUCCGGGCUAUAAGACAUGCCUUUGUAACAAUUUUAGCAGUUCUGAAGGAUGCAAGUAUGGAGAUAAGUGCCAUUUUGCCCAUGGAGAAAAGGAGUUGAGAAAAGAAAGUGCGCUUCCAAAUGGGGCAACUGCUGCAGCAAAUUUUGGUGCUUCAUCAAAAGCAAACAUUAGUAUCGUUGCUGCUUAUGCUGGUGGUGUAAUUGGGAAAGAUGGUGUAAACUCGAAGCACAUUUACCGUGCCACAGGGGUGAAGUUGACAAUAAAAGACCACGAGUCAGAUCCUAAUUUGAAGACGAUUGAGUUUGAAGGUUCAUUUGACAAGAUUAAUCAAGCCACAGCCAUGGUUCGUGAGUUGAUUUUAAAAAUUGGAUCACUUUUGGGUAAACAAUCUGGAAAUUCUCAACAAAGUCACAAAACUAGGCUAUGUGAACAUUUUGCUAAGGGUUCAUGCACAUUUGGGGAUAAGUGCCACUUUGCACACGGUGCUAGUGAGUUGCGGGAUGAUUCCGCUUCCAUUGCUCCCUCAUUCAUGUAA